AUGAAGCCGGCACAUCUCCAGCGGCAUCUCACCACAAAACAUGGAUGUCACGUUGGUAAGCCACCAGAGUUCUUCAGGAGAAAACUUUCUGACUUCAAGUCAUCCCAAGCCACAAUGCGAAAAGCCUCCACUACAUCAGCCAAAGCCCUGGAGGCUUCUUACGCGGUGUCUUUGCUCGUUGCUAAAGCCAAAAAAACGUUCACCAUAGCGGAAGACCUACUGCUCCCCGCCGCUGUUGUAUUGGCCGAAACUAUGCUGGACAAAAAAUCAGCGGAUACAUUAAAAACUGUGCCUCUGUCUAAUGACACCGUUUGCCGCAGAAUAGAUAACAUGGGCACGGACAUUGUCGAACAAGUUGUGGGGAAACUUGGCGACUCAUUUUCACUGCAGCUGGAUGAAUCCACAGAUGUGAGUGGAAAUGCGCAACUUGUUGCAUUUGUAAGAUACGUUGACAUGGACGACAUCUGUGAACACAUUCUAUUCUGCAAAGAAAUGGAGGAGCGAACAACCGGAGAGGACAUUUUUAAUGUCGUUAACAUGUUUUUCACUGAAAACGCUAUCAGCUGGAAAUCCUGCAGCAGCGUCUGCACAGAUGCGGCUGCAUCAAUAACGGGCAGCGUGAAAGGGCUCAUAGCGCGGAUUAAAAAAGAAAAUCCCGACAUCAAGUGGACGCACUGUGUGAUACACAGGGAAGCGCUAGCGUCCAAGAAAAUGAGCCCUGUGUUGCACGAUGUUUUGAACGACAGCAUUAAAGUUAUAAACUUCAUCAAGUCAAGGCCACUUAACGCACGUUUGUUCCGCAGCCUCUGUGAAAAUACGGGAGCUGAACACACAGAACUGCUCCUGCAUACUGAAGUGCGCUGGCUGUCUCGUGGAAGAAUACUGAACAGGCUGUUUGAGUUGCGAGCUGAAGUGCACACCUUCCUGACAGAGCACGGAUCUCCCCAUGCCACCUUGUUUGAGAACACGGACUGGCUUGCAAAGCUUUGCUAUCUGGCAGAUAUAUUCAGGAAACUGAAUGAACUGAAUAUGUCCCUGCAGGGCAAGGACACCAGCAUCCUGAACCUGUAUGACAAGGUGGGUGGUUUCCUGAAGAAAGCAGAGAUGUGGAAAAGGGCAUGUGAUCAGGAGGAUUUCACCUGCUUUCCUCAACUGGAUGCUUUUCUCUCCAAUGAGGAUGUGGCGACAGCUCCGGUGAAGUUAGUCAUAGUGGGACAUUUGGCUAACUUGAUCAGUGGUUUUCACUCCUACUUUGCUGACAUGGAUGAGAAAUCUGCACAGCUGGAUUGGGUGAGAAACCCAUUUCUCUUGUAUGAAGCAAACAGAAGCAAGCUUCCUGUCACUCAUCAGGAAAAACUGAUGGAAGUAGCAUCUGACCGUGGCCUGCAGAUGAAGUUUGGUGCAUCCACUCUCACACAGUUUUGGGUGUGUGUGAGAGGCAGGAGCACCCUGAGCUGGGACAGAAAGCUUUGGAGCAGCUGCUACCCUUUGCAUCCACAUAUUUAUGUGAGGCCUCCUUGUCAGCAAUGA